AAUGGUUUUCAUCGCUUGUGAAGGUCUCCAAAGAUGUAUGGCCAACUUGAAGAAGCUAGCAAUGGGCAAAGGACGGAGACUCGAGCGAGUGCUGGCGGUGCUCUGUAUCUAUGGAUGUGGAUGGAAGGAACGAACCAAGCAAGACCCGCUAGCUCGUCGGACACUCUAUGUAGUGUACUAGAAUGUGUGUGGAUAUCAAAGUGCCUCUCAUCUUCAAAGCCGACGAUUGGCGGAGAAAGCCCGCCAGAGACUUCCUCGCUCGCUCAGAGGGAGUCGUGAAUAGAAAAGAACAAGGAGAACCCGAAGCAAAAGGAAGGCGACAUGAAGCGCUCUCUUCAAUGGUUCGUUGGAAGUCCUCUCGAGCGAACGGGUCCAGCUAAGGCACAAUAUUUACUUACCUUCAGUGCUUGGGUGACAUUUGCAAGGAUUCUUUAUGCCAGCAAUAAGAAGUUGUCAAUCGGGCAAGGUGUUGUUCAAGUGUUCUUCAGUGACUCUGUCUCCGUUCCAAAUUAGGAACAAUCAUUCAGAACUAGCCAUGAAGGUGGACUUCAAAUAAAUCUUCAACCCUCCUCAUCGACUCCCCUAGAGCGGGACAGCUCUCAGGGAAAGACCCACGGACCCAUUUCUAGCAUGUGGACCCGAGUUCCCAGUCCUCCAGAGGCAAAGAUUCCAACCUCUAGGAGCAAGCACGCUUCAAUCCUUCACGGACAGUGUCUCUACCUUUUGGGAGGACGUAAUGGGAACGUUCCAUUGAAGGAUUUUUGGCGAUAUAACAUAGCCAAGAACAGCUGGGACCAAUUGGUUGGAGAUGGCGAUUCACCAGGUUGUCUUCAAGAACACACCAUCGUUGGCUAUCGAGAGACCCUCUACGUGUUCGGUGGCGAAGUUGGUUUCUCCAAUGGUGUCGAAACCCCUUUAUGGAUGUAUCACAUUAAGGAUAACAAGUGGCGGAAGUUUAUUGCUCCCAAGGGCGUGGUCACUCCCAAAGGCCGACGAUCCCACACUGCCACGGUGUUCCAGGAUUCAAUGUAUAUCUAUGGAGGAUACCAAGAUCUCAGAGGUUCUACAUCUGAGUUGUGGGCUUUUCAUUUUGCAAGCGAAACGUGGCAUUUGGUGUCCCAAGGGGGGGCUGUGGAUGGAGCCCCACCCCGACAUCGGCAUUCGGCCAUUCUCCAUGAUAACGCGGUCUGGAUUUUCGGAGGCAUGACCGACCUUCAGGAGAGGUCCGACUUUUGGCGCUUUGACUUUGUCUCUCGUCGAUGGAGGCCCGUCAAGUCAAAGCCCGGCCCUGGUUGUAUCCAUAGUCAUUGUGCUGUGAAAUUCCUGAGCGUUAUGAUAGUAUUUGGGGGUGAGCGGGAUGGCCAAGUCCUGAACGAGAUGUGGAGGUUCCACUUUGCCACGGAGUUUUGGGAAAAGUUGACUUUUGCCUCCAACCAGCCUAUGCCUCGGGCCCAAACCACGGCAUUCAUUUUCUCCCAGUUCCGGACCAGAGGCAUGGUCCACUACAUGGGGCUUCCAGAGCAAGACUAUUUCGGUUCCAAGCCUGAGCCGGCUUACCAAACAACUACGGAAAAAGCUGCGGAACAAGCUGCCAAAAAUACCCUCAAAACCUCAACGGACGCGGGCGGAGGUCGAAAAUAUGUUUUCGCCACGCCGGAUUCUUGUGUCGACGACACCACAUCCUUGAGCGGCAGGAUUGAGCAAGUCAAGGAGCUCCUGCCCAGUAUGGGCCGAAAACCAUCAUCCCAGUUCCAGAGAUUUGACAAUGCUCGCAACGGCGCACCAGCCAAUUUGAUGAAAGACUUUGCCAAAAUGUCUAACAUGAAUAUUUCAAGACUGUCCAACUACUGCAGUUACUCGAUGUUCAGCAAUGACUCCACAGAGUCCUUGAACACUGCCAGUUCCACUGCCAGUCCCUGCAGCGUACGGCUCGCCAAGUCGCGAAGCAGCCAGCAACUCCUGAACUUGACCCUUCAAGAACCAGAUACAUCGCCUCAAAAGUCUUUGUUGGGAAGUCUUCCCCGAGAUCCCAUGUCUGUGCCAAACUUCAGAAACCUUCAAAAGUCAAAUUCCCUGGACUCCGAGGACGGUCCGGAACCAGUUCGGCUCCUCGUUCAAGCCGCUAAUGUGCUCAGUGUCAAAGAAUUACCCGACCAUGAAGACUCAAAUUCACACGGAAGGCAUGUACCUUUAGAGUCUAUGGGUUCGUCUAAUGGUUUCAUUACCGAUAUCGACGGGGAUUCACUCCGUGCCCCUUGCAGAAGUGAUAGCGAUUAUACCUUUCAAAGUUACGACUGUAGCUCAAGGUCGAGCACGUUGUCCAGUCAGCAUUCGUCAGUCAACAUUCCCAAAUCGUCCUCUAUCAACCGGGGCUUCUUUAGCGGAGAGUCUAAACUUGUGGACCUUGAGGAAGAGGAGGCUGCCACAUUUUAUUCCAGUGACGAGUUUUCCUCCCUAUCAGGGUACGAGUCGAUCGAGGCUGUGAACAGAGAGGAUUGCGAGUCCCGGAUGAGCUUUGCCAACCCUCACUAUUUGGGCCCAGACGUCCAAGCCAUCAUUGAUCGAAAGCGCAUGAUUCGUACCAACUGUCUCCUGCGUGAUGAUUCACAUCAGAGCUUCGCCCAAGCUCUCAAUAGUCCGGCAGAUAGCCUCUAUUCGGAUUACCAGGACUUUCACGCCCGAUUGAACCAAGACUUUGUCGAGAUGAACCAUAUGCCUAGUUACAAAACUGGACCCCUUCAGAAUGGGGCCAACGCUGCCAAACCGGCUAGGGUGAUCUCAACCUUCAGUCGGAAUAACUCCCAGUUUUCUAUUGCUUCCAAGAACGCUCUCAACGAGAAACAAAGUGGCGUAACUGCCCCAAGUAGUCGAAGGCCAUCCCGCCCAAUGUCCGCGGAAAUUGUUGGAGCAAACAAGGUCAGCCCAUUGAGGACCUUACCAUCGUAUUCAACUGAACCCGAAGGAGUAGAAAAUCAGCUGAUGCUUUUAAUGUAUAUCCUAGGGGGGCGUGAGGUUGGCCAGGUUACGGUCUUCAAGCGACCAAUCUCGGUUUGGAAACUGGACCUUACCAAGACAUUUUAGGCAAACCUAUUCCAUGUCUCUUUGAAGUCAGUCGUCAAUAACUUUAAGUAAGAAAUAAUAAUCCAGGAAUGGAACUUCUUAUUAGAACAUGAUCUAACUUGUCCUGAAUGGGAAAUCUGUUAGAAAAACGCGUAAUUGUGAUCCUCCCUCUUAUUCACAUUUAACGAGCCGAAUACAACCUAGUGAGAAAACAAACUGUCAGUGGUUGCUUUUAAUUUCUGGAACUGAGAUGAAUGACUUACAUGGAGUGUAAUGCAAGCCCAAAACUGAGUCACAUCUGUGAGGAGAUACGUACACCGUUACACCCUGUUUACCGAACAUCUGCCGAAUUGAAAUAGCAAUGUAAAAAGGUGACCCGAUCGGAUAACAUUCUGUCACAGAAGUCUUGAAUUACCUGGUGCAUCAGUUUUUAUGCUCAUAAUUCUGUAGUGCCUAGCAAAAGAGGCCAGAAGAAGUUUCUGCUUAUAUUGUGUUUGUAAUUUAAUAUCACCUCUAGGCAUGAUCCCCCUAAACUAUGCGUGGUAAAAGU